GUGGCACCUACUUUCAGAAGGUCAAAACGUGCUUCUUCUUAUCAAAAUAAUAACGUUUAGGGUAUGAAAAUAACACUUUACCUGUAUGUACGAUUGCCGUUUGACCGGUAGUUCAGGAUGCGACUCCUAAUUGGACUGGCACUGUCAAUGUUCUCAUUAGAAGCCGCCAGGGCAGCAAAAUGCGCAUGCGCAACAACAUCUGUUCACGUCCGGUCAGGAGCCGGAACAAGCCAUGCUAUUCUCGGAACUGCCCACGGAGGGAAUUGUUUCCCUUUCAAAGGAGAUGAAAGUAAAUCUGGUGCCUAUGAGUGGGUCCACGUGGACUUCACCGGAAAGGACGGUUGGAUUGCUGAGGAUUACGUUGAACUCAAGGAGUGUCCCACAGGCUCAGGAACCAGCACUAACGACGGUUGUCCAAACAUCGUGACCAGAGCUCAGUGGGGUGCACGACCACCAACGUCCAGAAGUCUUUUGCACAGUGCCGUCAAAUACGCCUUCAUCCACCAUGGCGCUAGCGCCGCAUGUCACACCGAGGCUGAGUGUGCAGCCAUUGUACGGGGAUACCAGCGUUACCACAUGGACGGACACCACUGGAACGACAUAGGCUACAGUUUUGUCGUCGGCGAAGACGGCAACGCCUACGAAGGUCGUGGCUGGGACGCAGUGGGGGCCCACACUCAAGGCUACAACACAGUGGGCCUUGGGUUUUGUAUAAUCGGCAACUUCAUGGAGCGUCUCCCCGACUCCAAGGCCCUGGACACCGUGCAGAAGCUGAUAGCCUGUGGGGUGUCUAAAGGCAAGAUCCAGUCCAGCUACAUCCUCAGGGGCCACCGAGACAUGGGCAGCACUGCAUGCCCCGGGACCAAGCUGUAUGACCUCAUCAAGACCUGGCCGCAUUACUAACAAUGAUUCAACACAUUGCGUGAUUAAUUCACGCAAAUUAUGAAUAAACCGUUUCUGCAAAGCGUUCUGUAA